AUGGUCUUGCUCAAGCAGCUUUUGCUAGGCAGCCUGGCGGCCGGGAUUUUGCUCUACCUGAUAACACACCUAGGUCAUCAGGACAGAGUACAUCUAGUUUGUCCCUCUGAGAGCUCAACAUGCCCUGCUGGCGGUUCAGUACUGCGUAAGCUGGGUGUGACGUAUGAGCAACGCAGGAAUGGAGUCGCGACAGGACGCCUGGUGCGGCAGCUUCCACACGCCAUCAUCAUCGGCGUGAGAAAAGGAGGCACUCGCGCCCUGCUGGAGAUGCUUAGCCUGCACCCUAAGGUGGUCAAGGCCGCACAGGAAGUGCACUUCUUUGACAGCAAUAAGAAUUAUGCUCGGGGCUUCGACUGGUACCGCAGCCGCAUGCCGCUUUCCCUGAACAGUCAUGUGACUAUUGAGAAAAGCCCUGCUUACUUUACUACAGAGAAGGUUCCAGAACGAAUCUUUGGGAUAAACGCGUCUGUAAAGCUGUUGGUGAUCGUACGUGAUCCCGUCAUCCGUGCAGUCUCUGAUUACGCACAAGUCCUGGAGGGCAAGCGGCGGAAAAACAAAACGUACCCAAGGUUCGAGUCACUUGUUGUUGACCAGGCCACCUGCAGUGUAAACACAAAGUACAAAGCUGUGAGCACCAGCGUCUACGCCAAACACCUGGAGCGCUGGCUUCUGUUCUUCCCGAUAGAGCAGGUCCACGUUGUGGACGGAGAUCGGUUGAUCUCAGAUCCUCUUCCGGAAAUCCAGAUGGUUGAGCGAUUCCUGAACCUAACGCCUCAGAUCAGCCGUGACAACUUGUACUUCAACUCCACACGUGGGUUCUACUGUCUCCGGUCUGAGCGGCGCCACGUCACAAGGUGUCUGGCAGGAAGUAAAGGCCGUGCACAUCCGCACGUCCGCCCGGCUGUACUGGAGCAACUCAGAGUGUUCUUCCAUCCGUACAAUCAGAAAUUUUACCAGAUCACGGGAAGGUCAUUCACCUGGCCAUGA